AUGGCUUCUUCCAGCGGCCCAUUUACCACCAUGAACGAGCAACUUCUUGGGAAGACCAUUCAUUCUGUGGCAGCUUUAACGCUCUUUGUGCCGUUUUUAUACGUGAUCAUUAACGAAGUCAUACGCUAUACUGCACGACUGCCGGGCAUAUCUGGACCGGCUGGGCUGCCUCUGGUAGGGAAUUUGUGGUCCAUCCGGAAGAAUGCUGCAGAACAAUACCGGAUCUGGUCCAAGCAGUACGGAGAUGUUUACCAAGUGUUACUGGGAAACGUCCCCAUAAUCGUGGUCAACUCUGCCGAGGCAGCAAAAGGACUUUUUGGCCAGCACACUUCGGCAUUAAGUUCCAGACCAGAGUUCUAUACGUUUCAUAAAAAGGUUCUCACUGGUUCUGCAACCACAGUCGGAACCACUCCAUACAGCGACAGCUUGAAAAGACGCCGUAAAGUCACAGCGACGGCUCUUAAUCGCCCAUCCGCCCAAAAAUACGUUUCUCAUUUCGACCUCGAAACGAGGGAGUUCAUCAAGGAUUUACUUACCGAGGGACAGUGGGGAAAGAAGGCGUUUGACUGCUAUCCAUGUGCACAGCGUCUCAGCCUAAGCCUUGCAUUGACGACGAACUGGGGUAUCCGAAUGGACUCUCGUAAUGAUGCCCUUUUCAACGAGGUAAUUGAAGUGGAGGACCAAGUGAGCCGUUUCAGAAGCGUUACUGGUAACCUACAAGAUUACAUUCCACUUUUGAGGUUGAAUCCAUUCAACCAAAAAACAAUCAAAGCUAAAGCUACGCGCCGCCGACAAGAUGCUUAUCUUGACCAGCUCAAUCGUGGUCUUCUGGACCGCAUGGAGAAAGGCGUUCAGAGUCCCUGCAUUCAAGCAACAAUCAUCAAUGACAAAGAAAUUCAACUGAACGAGGAAGAAGUUGCCAGCAUCAAUCUGACCAUGAUAUCCGGAGGUCUAGACACGGUCACCACAGCUCUGGCUUGGCUUAUAGCGGUUUUGUCCAAACGGCCCGAUAUCCAAGAAACUGCUUAUCAAGCAAUUCGAGAGGUGCAUGGGGCUGAUAACCCUCUCUGCGACGCGAACGAUGACCAAAAGAUCCCGUAUAUCGUGGCUCUCGUGAGAGAGGGAUUGAGGAUGUAUACAGUCCUCAGAUUGAAUCUGCCACGAACCUCCACCAAAGAAGUUUUCUACAACGGCAUGGCUUUCCCAAAGGGAACAACAUUCUUUUUGAAUGCCCACGCCUGCAACAUGGAUUCAAAGUUGUGGCACGAUCCUGAGAUCUUCCGACCAAGUCGUUGGUUGGAGCAACCGGACGCCCCCCUCUUCACAUACGGCAUUGGUUACCGUAUGUGUGCUGGGUUUUUGCUCGCUAAUCGUGAGCUAUAUCUCAUUAUUAUGAGACUUAUCAGCUGCUUCAAGAUUGGACUCGAAGGCGAUGUGGAGCUUGAUCCAGUUCGCGGCACGGCCGACCCAACCAAGCUGGUCGCACAGCCUCAUAGGUUCCAGUCGAUCUUUAUUCCAAGGGAUGAGAAGUUGCUCCGAAAGGCGCUAGCAGAGUCUCCCAUGGCUCAGUAG